AUGCUCUCAAGUAUUAGAAAAUACUAUGUCACAUCAAUAAUAAUCAAAAAUUGUUGCCGAACACUUGUGACAGAAGUGAAUCAAGAUAAUGUAACAUCAAAAAAAGUUGUGCCGGCAAAAAAGAAAAAAUCUUUUAAAACUGUGACAGAACCAAAAACUUUAAAAGCGUUGGAAAAGCAUUUCAAAGCAUCAGAACAAAAGUUUGUUCUUCAGACUUUUCCAGAAGUGUUAUUAAAAAAGCGGACAAGAUUACCAAAUGGAUUUUAUCUAACAAAUAAAAAGAUGGCUCGUGUCAUUGCUGAUGAGCUUAUCAAAGAUAUCAGACCUGAACAAUCUCUUUUAGAAAUGAAUCCAGGAGCAGGACUCUUAACGAAAAUUUUAUUAAAAGAAACUGAAAAUGAUUUGUUUCUUUAUGAACCGUUGGAGCAUUUUCAUCCUGCUUUGAAGUCAUUGAUCAAAAGUCAUCCUGAAAGAAACAUUUCUUUAAGUAACAAAGAUUUCUCAACGAUCAGCUACAUGGCAUUAGUUGACAAAAUUGACGGCGGUAAUCGAAUAAGUGAACUCUUAAAAGGUGUCCAAAGAACUGAUUAUGUAAAUGAACCAAAUGCAAGACUUUUUGGUGCUACAUCUUCAAUUUCAUUCAUCAAUGCUCUUAUCAAUUCUGUGAUCUUUCAAAAUAGUGUAACAGCUGCUGGUCGAUGCGAAUAUUUUUUGAUUAUCCCACCAUGGAUUUUUAUUACUUUGACAUGCUCAAAUGAAGCUGGCUACAUGGUUUAUCGAACAAUAUCCGUGCUCUUCCAACUCUUAUUUGAGUACGAAUUCAUACAAAAAGUCAGUAGUGAAGAUCUUUUACCAUGGCAAGUUGAAGUCAAAAAAAUGCCCUACAACAAAAUGGGUAAAUUCUAUUUGAUGGAUCAUGAUUCAAUGUAUUUGAUUCGUGCAACACCACGACAAAAUAUUUUUGAGUACUGUCAACCAGAUAAUCUCACUUCACUUUGGCAUUUUAUCAAACAAAACUUCCGGCGAAGGAAGAAUUGCAUAAUCCCGACACUAGAAAAAUGGAUUCCUGGAUGUGGCCCACGAUUGAUUAUCAAUGAAAAGUCAGAAAGUCCUCCAGAAUUGAUAAAUCCCCAACUUGAUUUAGAUUCACAACCAAAACUGUGUCAACCUUGCCGCAAGCUAUCAAAUGAAGAUUUCAUUAACAUGACAAUUUUCACACAAUUUGGGGACCUCACACCGAAUCAAGCAUUAACAAUAUUCGAUCAAUUCAUUAAUUGGCCCGAGUUCAAAGAUUCCACGUUUAAAGAAUCAUUAGAAGCAACAUUAGUGAAGAUUCAUACAAAUCCUGAUGAUAACAUCAACGUUGAUGAUGACAUACACGAUGAUGAAGAUGAAACUAAAACAUCAGAAGUCUCGUAAUUUAUCUUUGUUAAAAAUUUACUUUGUAGGUAAUAAAAACUUGAAAAUAAAUCUGAAUGAAAGAAAGAAUGUUAUGA